UGCUGGUUGGUCCUGGCGCUGCAAGCAACGGGGUGGCCCACUACCGCCACCGCCUGGUCGGGAGCCAGAACUGCACCGAAACUCAAAUCAGAAGCUUGAGUUUCAGAAAGUAAAGUCAAAAUCAGAGAUGGUCAAUUCCAUCCUCUGCAACUUUUGGAAAUAUCCCUCCUAUAACUCACCUGGACCAAUCAAUGGCUCCAUACCUGGGUUACUGCUGGUAACAACACCAACAACACACAGGAGAGACAGAGAGAGAGAGACAGACAGAGAGAGAGUUGCUGACAGACUGGAGAUGGGCAAUCAAGCUUCAGUGAAACAGAGAGAGAGAGAGCAGCAGCCUCGUCUGUCAGUCAGCUCCACAAAUAGAAAGCUCUCUCUCUCCUGCAGAGUUGGUGUGGAUCGCCCUGUUCUGAACCCAGAGACUCCAGAACCGGAACCAGCUGCAGCGGGAACCUGGACUGUUGGUUGUAUAUCAAUAGUAAAAGUAAUAUUCUGUCUGGACCUGGAGCUGGACUCUGCCGAGUCCAGAACCCCAAAGAGCCGAGUCGGUUCUGAUCUCUGAUCUGAUCCCAGAAAAAUUAUGAGCGUCCUGGAGGGAGGAAGAGGAGCGAGGAAGGACCUCGGUGCACAUGGCUGCAGCUCCAGCCCGCAGAUCCUUCCGCCGUGUUCACUAGUCUCUGCAGACAAGAGGUCGGAGGUCACCAGGACAGGUGAGCGUGAGGUGGAGUACCUGGACAUCUUCAGCAGGGAUGAGGAGGAAGAGGACGAAGGAAGCGAGUGGUCGGAGGAGGAUCUGUCUCUGCACUUCUCUCCCUCCGUUCUCCUCCAAUCGGACGAUGAGGAGGUGGAGCCUGAGAGCGGCGUGGAAUGUGUGCGCGCAGCCAUAGAAGCACAGGUGACGAUGAAGGACGACCCUCCUCAGGGGGGAGGAGUUACCGAAAGACAUUCCCACCCACUUUCAUUUCUGCGCCAGAACAGCAUGCCUGCAUCGCUGCACACGCAUCCCACAGCCAGCGGCGAGGCUGGCGGCAACAGGGUCUACAAAGGCCGUAUUGCAGGGGCCAACAACGGUCUCCUGCUGGAAGGAAGCCGGCGAUGCCUUCAGAAAUCUUAUUCUCUGGAUGAAAGUAAAACAAAGAUGGCGUCAAGCCUCUUAAUGAACAUCCUGUCCAAGAAGAUGCAGGUGGAGCAGAAAAGCGCCACAGCUAACAGCCUGAAAAAAACAGAGGCAGCACCUGCCCCACAAGCUCCACCUGCCCCACACGCUCCACCUGCAGGGCAGCAGGGUGAACAGCAGGGGGAGACAGAUGCAUUCAAAGCUCCACUGCACCUGGUCAGAGAUGUGAAGAGUUUCAACAGCAUCAGCAACAGCAAAGCUGUUAGAAUGAACCCAGUGAGCUGCAACGCGAUUGGCCAGGAGGAGAGCGUCUCACAUCACCCAGCUGCAGAGGGUAAACAUCAUGCUGCCAUGGUUAUGACAUCUCUCAGCAAAUCACAGAACAGGCAACAGGACGACGCUGGCAGCCGUUCAGCAGCAAUUGAGAAACAUAGCAGUCAGCGAAUGGACGAGUCUGAGGACAGGCCCUCUGUCCAACCCAUCCGCCAUAUCCAACCUACCCGCCACGUCCCUUCAGAGCUGAACCAAUCAGAGACAGCUGCAGUCUCCCUCGCCCCCUUGCAGCGCUCACCACCUGAUCUCCAGAAACUAAAGUCCUCUGAGUCUGCCCCGGACCCCGACUUCCGUCCAUGCUCCACCCAGAGCCAGCGCUCUACCCGAUGUGAAGCUUCUCCACUUGCUCCCAUCCAGGUCCUCCAUCCCUGUUUUUACAGGCUGCAGUCCCACCUGAGAAGCGUCCCCUUCCUCCACCCUCCUCUGAGCUGCAUGCCAUCCCACCUUCAUCCCCCAGCUCCUCCCCCCAGCCACGUGUUGGUGAACCCUGACAAAAGUCAGAUCAAAGUCAGGGAUAACUCUUCAAGUCGGACUGAAACCAGCAGAGAUCCGGACUGCGGGAGCUUUGGGAGACGUGAAAAGGUUCAACCACCGCAGCAGCCCUUACCUGUGAGUUCACAGACUUUCACACCUGGCCAGGUUUCCACUGCAGCACCCGGAGCCUUGCUUAGUGUCCCUGCUUCCUGUCACCUGAUGGUAGACCCCAGCAGUCACCGCUGCUUCUACACGGACGCCGGCCCAGCAGCUCAGAGGAAGCUGCUGCUGGACCCGGAAACUGGACGCUUUGUCCAGGUGUUCCUACCUGCAGGCUCCGCCCCCUCCAUGUUGGGGGGAAGCCCAACAGUCCUGCCAGUCAUUCAGUUUCCACUGAUGGGUGUGCCCUUGCUGUAUGGUGGGCCCUACCUACCUGUUACCAUGACAACACCUCAUGAUGGUGUCACCAUGACGAUCCUUCAUCACAACUAAAGCUCCAGCUGCUCCUCUAGAUUAUAUUUUUUUGCUAAUUAAUGUUCAAUGUCAGCAAAAAGCAGUGGAGUUUAUAAAAUAAGGCUGUAACAUCAUUCAAUGUGAAAUCUGUGCUGAAAUCAAAAAUGUCAGAUUUUUCAAUGUCAAACUUUGAAGCUUCACGUUUCAAUAAAUGAA